UCUCUCUCCCGAUGUUCUGACCAUGCUUUCUCACUGCUCCUGCACGAUCCUAACCACUCCCCACUCUCUGAGACUCUUCAAGCUGAUUUUAGAAGGUUUAACUUCCGGGGUUUCCGAUGGAUGAAAACCAUGAUCCACACCAUUAAGGAGAUUAAUGCAAGGAAGGACAUUUUGCCGAAUCAUACUCUGGGCUAUCAGAUCUUUGAUUCCUGCUAUACCAUCUCCAAAGUAAUGGAGUCAUCUUUGGUGUUUCUUACAGGGCAGGAAGAAUUCAAACCCAAUUUUAGAAAUAGCACUGGAUCAAUUCUGGCAGCACUGGUUGGAUCAGGGGGAUCAUCCUUGUCAGUUGCUGCUUCCCGAAUUCUAGGGUUGUAUGAUAUGCCUCAGGUGGGCUAUACUUCUUCCAGCUCAAUUCUUAGUGACAAAUUCCAGUUUAAAACUUAUCUUCGUGUAGUACCCAGUGAUAUGUUCCAGUCUGAGGCCAUGGUGAAUCUUGUCAAACACUUUGGCUGGGUCUGGGUAGGUGCUAUUGCAGCUGAUGAUGAUUAUGGAAAAUAUGGCGUAAAAGCCUUUAAGGAUAAAAUGGAGAGCGCCAACCUCUGUGUUGCUUUCUCUGAAACCAUUCCCAAAGUCUACUCCAAUGAGAAAAUGCAAAAAGUUGUUGAUGCAGUAAAGAGUUCCACUGCCAAAGUCAUUGUGCUUUAUACUUCUGACAUUGACCUCAGCCCAUUUGUUCUGGAAAUGGUUCAUCAUAACAUAACUGACAGGACUUGGAUUGCCAGCGAAGCCUGGAUUACCUCAGCUCUUAUUGCAAAGCCUGAGUAUUUCCCCUAUUUUGGUGGAACUAUUGGAUUUGCAAUGCCGAGAACUAUUAUACCAGGUCUAAAAGAAUUUCUUUAUGAUGUACACCCUAGCAAGGAUCCAAAUGAUGUCUUGACCAUUGAAUUCUGGCAAACUGCUUUUAACUGUACCUGGCCCAACAGCAGUGUGCCUUACAAUGUGGACCACCGAGUGAAUAUGACUGGUAAAGAAGACAGAUUGUAUGACAUGUCUGAUCAGCUCUGUACUGGAGAGGAGAAGCUGGAGGAUCUGAAAAAUACCUAUCUGGAUACAUCACAGCUAAGAAUCACAAACAAUGUCAAACAAGCUGUGUAUGCUGUAGCUCAUGGCCUGGAUCUUCUCACCAGAUGUCAAGAAAGAAAAGGGCCAUUUGAGUACGGGGGAUGUGCAUAUAUACCUACUUUUGAAUACUGGGAAACUAUUUCACUCUUUUUUGCCUACAGGAUUUCCAUAUCCAAAACCCGCCUUAUAUCUAUGCGCCCAGUCUUUCGAAAAUUAAUUGUCCUGAUUUGUGUUGUAGGAGAGAUUGGAGUAUGCACAGCAUACUUGGUGUUGGAGCCUCCAAGCAUGUUCAAGAACAUUGAAAUUCAAAAUGUAAAGAUUAUUUUUGAAUGCAAUGAAGGUUCUAUAGAGUUCCUGUGUUCCAUAUUUGGGUUUGAUGUUCUUCUGGCUCUGCUGUGUUUCCUUACAACCUUUGUGGCUCGCAAGCUGCCAGAUAACUACUAUGAAGGGAAAUGCAUCACAUUUGGAAUGCUGGUCUUUUUCAUUGUCUGGAUCUCUUUUGUCCCUGCUUACUUGAGCACCAAAGGCAAAUUCAAAGUGGCUGUGGAAAUAUUUGCCAUUUUGGCAUCCAGCUAUGGCUUGUUAGGAUGUCUAUUUCUUCCCAAGUGCUUCAUUAUCUUGCUGAGGCCAAAGAGGAACACUGAUGAAACUGUUGGUGGAAGAGUCCCCACUGUUGACAGGAGCAUCCAGCUGACCUCAGCUUCUGUGAGCAGUGAGCUUAACAGCACCACAGUGUCCACUGUUCUGGAUGAGUAGA